AUGCUGUUCAUCUUGGUGAUUAUCUUGGCAUUCAGUGCCGGAAGAGGUAACAGUGAAUCACUCUACGACAAAGACGAUCCGAUCCUCGAACUAGACGUCGAUACAUUUGGCCCCGCUAUCUACGGAUCUAAGAAAGCGCAUUUCGUCGAGUUUUACUCAUCUUGGUGUGGCGCCUGUAUUGGAUAUGCUCCUACUUUCAAAAAAUUCGCUAAACAACUCGAAAAAUGGACUCCUAUCGUUCAAGUGACGGUUGUCAACUGUGCCGAUGACAAGAACAUGCCACUUUGUAGAGAACAUUCUGUGAACUCGUAUCCAUCUCUCAGGUACUUCAAAUACAACUCGGCCACUAAAGACGACGGUAUGAAGUACAGUGGAGAUAAAUACGAUAUCAACAAGCUGGCUCAUGAUAUUGCUGGUCUCGCACAGGCUGAUGCUCAGAAACAGAAUCCAGAGAGCUGGCCAACGUUCUUGCCACUUUCAGACGCAUCAACCCUUGAGGAUGUUUUCAAGUCAUUGGGAACUACACCAUAUUUAGCAGUCAUUGUCCAAGACAGUCCCUCAGUCAUAGCAUGGUCCAACUUGAUCAAUUAUUAUGGAAAUAAUGGAUUAAAGGUUGCUUACGUCGGCCAAAAGCACCAAAUCGCCUCGAAAUUCUUCUCUGAUGAAGGAGUACAUGCUCUCUUGUUCUCUAAUGGAAAUGCUGAACCAAUGUGGAAAAGCAGUAGUCCGAUUGAAAAGUGGAUGGAUGUUCAAGAGAAAAUUGAGGAGUUGAUUGGAGAUAAGAUUGCAGCUAAGAGCCCGACUAUUCAGCCAAUGAAUGCUGCGCCAGUUAUUGCUGCUCCAUCAAACCCAUUGAACAAUCAAUACGAAGUGCAACUCGUUGAUCUGAAAAGUGCAAUGAGCUACAUGUUGUACAAGGAGAUUCCAAGAAGAGAGGAGAUUCGUGAUGAACCAUUGGCUGCUUUGAAACAGUGGAUGCACACUCUCAAAAAGUAUGCCCCUGGAACCACACCAAUGCGUCGUCUAUUCUUCCGUCUUGAUGAGUGGGUUCAACUUCGUUCCGUUGUAACUGCAAACGAGUGGUUGGCCCAAGUCGAUGAGAUUCAACAAUCACUUGGUAAUCCACUGCCUAAGGAAAUUACUUGGAUGGCCUGCGCCGGUUCAAAACCAAAUCUCAGAGGAUACACUUGCGGAUUGUGGACUCUUGCUCACUCGAUUACUGUUGAAGCCUACAAACAGGAAAAACACAAUACCGCUUUCAAGCCAGUCAUCGAUGUCCUCGAGCCAUUCCGUGCUUUUAUCUUCCACUUUUUGAGUUGUUCCGAGUGUGCUCAAAACUUUACCAAGGAAGCGGAGAAGAAUCAACUCCAUCUUGUCACUAGAGCUGAAGACGUUUACGCUUGGCUAUGGAGAGUUCACAACUUUGUCAACAAAAGACUCUCCGGAUCUCUCACAGACGAUCCAUCUUUCAAGAAACAGCAGUUCCCACCGAAAUCUCUGUGUCCUGAUUGUUAUGAUCUGAAUGGAGAAAUCGAUGAAGCUAAAGCACUUCCAUUUGUGUUCAAGUACUACUCAAAUAUCAAAACGGAUCCAUCAGAAACUCUUCCGGGAUACAAAGUCGUCGAAUACAAAGAAGGAAAAACACAAUCUGCAGGACAGCGUCAUUUGAAUCCUAAAUUUCAAAUUCACGCAGGAAAAGUCGACCAAUUGGAGGCUAACGAGAAAGUGAAAAAUGUUCUCGACGCUAGCCCACAAAGAACGUGGCAGGAUAUUGAUGGAUAUGACAACAUUCCGGAGGGAAGCCGAAGUCACUACUACUUCAUCUGGUUAUCACUCAUCGGAGUUGCUCUGAUCGUCGUAUACUGCAAAUACCGGAAGAAUAGAUCAAAGUUUUGGAAGACUUUCUAUUAUCAAAACGACUUCAAACUGUGA